UCUCGUUCUUUCUUUCUUUCACAUUGAUUGAUUGAAGCCAGCGAGUGAGUGAGCGAGCCAGGUAGGGUUUUCGGUGUUCCCCUCUUUGUGUUCGUUCGCGACGAUGGGGUCCAUCCCCGAUCCAGGCGAGUUGAGCGAGUUGACUCAGCCGAGCUUCGACGAGUUCCAGCGCCAAACCUCUCUCAUGACCAGCUGCACCCUCCUCUGGAAGGAGCUCUCCGACCACUUCUCCUCCCUCGAGCAAGACCUCAACCACAAAUCCGAAGCCCUCAAGCGCAAGAUUCACACCCUCGACAACUCCACCUCGGACUCCCUCCGCCUCCUCGACCACCGCGAAACCUCUCUCGACGCCACUCUCCAGAUCGCCCUCCGCACGCUCGACACGCGCCGCACCGCUGCUCUCUCCGCCCUCCUCCACGACGCUGACGACACCUCCCCCGACGGCGAGGUCGAUGACACCGCCGGCCUCGUCCUCAAGCUCAAGUCCUUCUGCCUCCGCAUGGACGCGUUCGGCUUCUUCGCCUUCGUCAGCGCCAAGAAGAAGGAGCUGGACGGCCUACGCGCCGAGAUGCCGGUGGCGCUGGCGGAGUGCGUCGAUCCGGCGAAAUUCGUGCUGGAGGCGAUCUCGGAGGUGUUUCCGGUCGACAAGAGAGGGGAGAAGGCCGGCCACGACUUGGGCUGGGCCUGCGUCCUUGUCCUGGAGUCGUUAAUUCCGGUCGUCGUCGACCCCGUCAUCGGAAAAUCGAGGUUGUUGGUUACCCCUACCGUGAAGGAGCAUGCCACGGAGAUCGCGGAGACUUGGAAGAGCAGCCUGGAGGAUCGUGGCGGCGUGGAAAACCUGAAGACACCUGACGUCCACACUUUCUUGCAGCACGUUGUUACCUUCGGGAUUGUCAAGAACGAUGACUCCGAUUUGUACCGGAAGCUUGUUAUUGCUUCCGCUUGGAGGAAACAGAUGCCGAAGCUCGCGCUUUCGCUUGGUCUCGCUCAGCAAAUGCCUGAUAUGAUUGAAGAGUUGAUCAGCAAAGGGCAGCAGCUUGAUGCGGUUCACUUUACCUAUGAAGUGGGUCUGGUGGAAAAGUUCCCUCCUGUUCCCUUGUUGAAGUCUUUUCUCAAGGAUGCUAAGAAAGUUGCGGCUUCUAUUUUGGAAGAUCCUAAUAAUGCAGGCCGAGCUGCGUACCUAGCUGCAAGGAAAGAGCAGUCUGCACUCAGGGCUGUGAUUAAAUGCAUUGAAGAAUACAAACUUGAGGAUGAGUUCCCUCCAGAAAAUCUGAAGAAGCGACUUGACCAGUUAGAGAAGGUGAAGAUGGUGAAGACCGAGAAAAGGAAACCAGUGGCAGUUCCUGCCAAUAAGAGAACUAGAGCAAGCAACGGCAAUGGAGGUCCAAUGCCACCAGCCAAAGCUGGGCGUUUGACUAAUGCGUAUGUAUCAUCUUUCCCUGCUGCUCCUACAUUUGUCAGGUCUCCAUCACACGGGCAAUACCCAGCUGCUCUUCCACCAUACCCUUCCCCACCCCACAUGUACGGCAGCAGAAGUCCCCCAGCAAAUCCUUAUGCUGCUUAUUCACCCGAGCCGGCACCAGCUAUUGCAGGGUCUUACCCGGCAGCUCCCAUGAACUAUCCUCAUGCAUAUGGCGGCUAUGGAAAUGUUUUGGCUCCCACUUAUCAGCAGGCUUACUACCGAUAGAAAUGACAACCUUUGAAGAUGGUAACCACUGAUAUGACGACCUUGAUCCAAUUUACUUUUGCAAUGUUGUUUGUAAUCACUAACCGUUUAACGGUAGCAGUUCUGUGUGUUAAUUAUAACUACUGUCCCACUUCCUGCUCGGCAUGGGGAGAAGUUGUAUUUCUAAUGUUGAUCCCAUAGUACUAGGUGAUUGUGGAAAGUAACUAGGACGGCCAAGAAACAUCAGAAACUCAACUACCACUGUUCGGUUUAGUUGUAGAAAGACUUACUGUGUUUACAUUAUAUGCUUAUCUUGGGAUCGAAUUGAAGGAAAACAAAAAGAGAAAAAAAGGUAAUCUGUUUCUUGGCAGCUGUUGACUAUGGUAUAAAGACCAUAAAGGAAAUAAUUUUGUCUGAGAUAAAUGUUUUUCUGCAUUUUUAAUGCCGGACUAUGGUAUUUGUUAGUACU